AUGCCUGGCCCUACCGAAGCCGUUUUCUUCCUUGCGAGAAUCCUGCCGUUCCUUUGGCCUCUGCUCUCCCUCUCCUGCUGGUCCGGUGGCUGCUCCAGCACCUUGGCAGCACAGCUUCAUCUAAUGCCACCACCGCUGUCGGUCACCUGCGCCAAGCCUGAGAACCGUGUCUAUCAACAACAGGACCACCCUUUCCAGGUCUCGUGUCUUUGGGACAGAUAUGUGGUGUUGCACUACUCAAAGGCCCCCAGACAAAACCCCCAGGGGGGAGGGGCAGAGUCUCCAGUGCCCCCUCUCUGCCACUGGUAUCGGGAUGCCAUCCUGGCCAACCAGACUACUUCCUGGACAGGCGAAUUGAUGCUCGGUCCAGGCCUGCCACGGGAAGGUCCCCAUCCACCUUGGGCUAGUACUCAGAUCUCUGUGCAGUGCACCUCCGUUUCAUGCUUGGCUCCCUUGUGUUUGUAUCACAACCUGAGCAUUGAGGUUGUGGGGCAAGAUAUUCAUCUCUUCCUGCUGCAGCCUCACCUACUUCCCAUUCUGGAGAGGCAGCCGGUGCGCUUGGGCUGGUGUGCACGCCUCAAGAGUUCGGCCUGGCGCUACCACUUCAAGAGCCAUGGGGGUCAUCCUGAGGACCUCCUCAUUCCCACCAACCAGCACAAUGAGACCCUCCUACUUAGUGACUACCCCAGUGCAGAAUUGUACCAGCUCUGCAUGUCUUACUAUAGCUACCACUUGACUGUGCAGUACCCACUCCGUGGAUCGUACGUCGCUUCGAUCAGCUAUCAGCCGGGACCCCAGAGUAGCCUCAGCCUGGAUUUCUUUGUGGAGCCUGCUCUGCUGUUUGUUUUCGGGGUAACCUCCCAGUUGCAGAGACGGUCACAGGGGGCCCUGAGCCUUUCCUGGAACCUGCAGCAGCUCAGCCCAGAAAUAGUAGCCUACCAACUCCUGGACACACAGGGAUACCCAGAGUGGUCCCAUUCCUAUGAUUACAACCCGUUUGGUCUGCACAGCCAUUUCUGUACUGUGCCCACCUCACACCAGACCAAGGAAACAGUUGUGGCCAGUGUGUACUUCCGUACCAGCCAGAGGGUAGCAGAGAGAGUAAGAGGAAGACUUGAUUUCUCAAACAGGACCUUAAUUUUCAGAACAAGCAGGACCAGCUCAAUUUCCAUAAGACUCAACCUACAGGAAAACACAAUUAGCACUUACAUUUUUAGCCGUGCCCAAGGCCUCUACUACUCCACCCAAAAGGGCAACUUGACCAACGGCCUUGCUGAGAAUGCCAGCCUCUGCUAUGUACUUUACCAGCAAGCGGGCCUGUCUUACCUGAUUACGGUUAAAUUUGUGCAGCUGCAGUUAUUUAGAUUCAGCCUGGAUAUUUAUCUGAAUCGGAAAGAGGCUCUGUUCCAAAGUCUAGGGGAAAAGGAGAUGGACAUUUAUGUCUUCAACAGCACUUCUCCUGACAAUAGUUUGGCCUAUGUCGUGUGGUUCAUCCCUGCGCAGCAUCCACUUCUGCAGUGUGAGUGGGGUUUCAGUCUGCAAGUGUUCGAUCCCACGGGCAGGCGUCUGGUGAAAAACAACAGUUUUGCCUACGUUGAUCAGACCCCAAAUGCAGUCCAUUUCCUUCCUGACUCUGCCUCCGCUUUCAAUCCUGCCUCGUAUGCAGGAUUUGUUGCCAGCGUGAAAUGCAUAGAGAGUGCAAAAAUUCCUAUAGUAUUCACGGCAAGGUUUAAUAUUUACGCGUUGAAAGUCAUAGAAUCCCAACUUGCUUGCCAGCAAAAAACGUGCACCAUUCCCAAAGUUAGGAUCCACCGGGCUGUUAAUACCAAACACACCCUGUAUUACACACAGGGGAGUGAAUUUACUCUUGCGGCAGACAUGCGAGUCAGUUGUCCAGGCCCCAAAGCAACUAAAGUUAGCUGGAACAUCUAUAAAGUGUCUAAUCUGUCAGAUACACCAGACUGGUCAAAGCCUUUUAAUCCACCUGGCAUUGAAGGAAGACAUUUCAUCACAAUAAAAGUCCCUUGCUCCAGCUUGGAUACUGGCCUGUAUCUUUUUAAUUUUACUGUGCAAUUAAUUUCAUCCACUUUCCUCCAGAAGAUGGAGCGCUCGGAUGCAGUCUUGGUUGAAGUUGGGACGGAUCGAUGGGGUGUUGUCAUCGAUGGAGGCCACUUUCGGUCUGUUGGAUUUUCUGACCGGUGGAUUCUAAAAGGAUCUGUCUUGUCUAAUGGUGAGCUGGUCAGUCUGUCUCAGGGACUGUCCUAUACUUGGUAUUGCACGAAACAGGAAACCGACUAUACAUCGAUGACCCUCAGCAGAGAUGGGAAAUGUUAUCCAGAUCAGGUUGAUUUGAAGUGGACCACAUCCUCUGAUUCAGUUCAGAUGGUACUUCCUGAAACUCUUCAAGCCAAUAAUACAUACCUUUUUCUCCUGGUAGUUCAAAACGGUAGCAGGAUAGCCCAUGCUCAGCAAACCAUACAUGUGGAGGCUCGCGGUGCCCUCAUUCUGAACAUUGCAUGCACUGAAAAUUGUGGAACUUCAGUAAUUUCAACACAAAGAUUUUCUCUGUCUGGUAAAUGUGGGAACUGCAGGGAAAUCAAAUCCUGGUACUACUGGUCACUGCGCUCGGCCCAGUCCAAUGAAAUCAAAUUUGACUGGUCUUCCAAAACAACUACUGGAAGAUCCAGCUCAUAUCUACAUUUCAAAGCCUUUGCUUUGGUCUCCAUUGCAGAAGAGUCCUAUAUUUUGAGCCUAAAAGUCAUCACCAAAGAGGGACAGUCCUCUAUCUGUGAAUAUUCUUUUUAUGUCAAUGCUCCACCACAGAUAGGAAAAUGUGUCCUUAAUCCAAGGGUAGGGACAGCUUUUCUAACAAAAUUCAUUAUCCAGUGCAAUGGAUUUGAAGACAGAAAUUGGCCUCUUGCCUAUAAAGUAAUAGCAGCGUCAGAUGAAAUUAAAAUUAGUUCUAUAUCCUCAAUUCAAAAUAAUACUUUGGGGAUAAUCAUCUAUGCUGGACAUGAAUCCAAAACUCCCUGGUCUUUCCUCCCUCCUGGCAGACCAUCACAGAGCUCCGCUUUGACUAUAUACGUUCAGGUUUUCGAUGCCCUUGGAGCAUCUUCUCAAGUCACUUUGCAAGCAACGGUGCUUGAUCCAAGACAACCAAAGGCCAAUGCUCCCCUCCAUCAGCAGCUGCAUGAUUUGAUCAAUGGAUCAAGUGCCCCUGUGGCCAAGUUGCUCGUCACCAAGGAUUACUUGAAUGUAGGCUAUAUUGUAUACAUGGUGGCCUCAGCCGUAAACCAUAUUGAAGCUUCACCCUCCAAUCAGGUUCCUAAAGCAGAUUUGCGUCAACGCCUCCUCAAUAUAACCACAAGGAUUCCUAGUAAUAGUAUCCGGGAAAUCAAUCAGGUGAUUCUAAGCAUUAGUCAAGCAACGCGUGAAAUUGCUGAAGUCACUAAAGCAUCCCAGCUGCUUGCAGUAAGAAAAUUAAAAACAGUCAGCGAAGCUCUGAGAAGACACAGGGAUCAAGGUUUAGGCUCAAGGGAAGCUGAGAUUUUUAGCAAUGGGAUUCUCACAGGAUUGUCCAAUAUCUUGGGGGCUUCCCUCUUGAAUCACAGAAAUCCUAAUGUGGGUGCCAUUAAAGAAGUUAUUUCUGUGACAGAAAUAUUAGCAGAUCUCAUUCUACAAGGCAAAGUCCCUGGUGGGCAUGAAACUAAAAUGGCAGCCCAGAACUGGACCAUCCGCCUUUGGAAAGACAAAACAUGGGACGUUUCUGAAACUUUCUCAAAGAGGAAGCAAUGUAGGAACUGCUUUUAUCCAACACUGAAGCAGAGAUCUCAUGUGGAGCUGGAAGAAGAGAAUGUCAUUUCCACUGUUCUUUAUGAAUUUGAACAGAAUCCUUUCCCUUGGCUGACUUUUGCUGACAAUAUUGGCACAACGGUGACAGGGUUCAAAAUGGUGGGGAUCGAUUCUAAGGGGGACCCAACCAGCAUCGCCCCUGAUGUGUUUGAAAUGAUCUUGACUAGAAAAGACAAGGCCAUCUUUGACCUGACUAUAGGGCCAGAUAAAAAACUUCCUAAAACAACGGGUGGCUUCAACUUGGACAUUAAAAGAAACUCCAGUGACAUUUUUAUCCAACUCGUGCCCAAAAUGAAAGUUACUUUCCAGGUAUUUAUCUACCUAGGUGUCAAUUUGAGCCAUCCCCCCUUAGUUUUAUAUAAUGCUUCUCACUUAGGUCCUCCAACAGUCAUCCAGAAGGAUACAACUAUCACUGGGUGUGCUAUCAAAGUCCCAUACAUCCUUUGCCUUCCAAAGUCAUUACUUUGGUCUCCAGCCUAUAAUGGGGGAGCAGACACGCUCAAACUUUCCAUUGUCCUGCAGUUGCAUCCAAUUGUGAGAGGCAAAACCGCAACGUUUGUCCGCAUCGCUGUCUUUGCAGCAGGCUGUUUGGCUCUUGAAGGCGUGCAGGAUCGGUGGAAAGACGAAAGCUGCAGCCUUGGGCCUCAGACCAGCUGGUCGAAAAUCCACUGUGUCUGCAAAGCCCAAAAACACAGCCCAAAGUCAACUAGAUUCAGUCCAAGAGGGGCCUCAGGAGCCAGAAUCCGAUUUUUCGCUGGCAAGGUACUUUUAUUUCCCAAUCAAGUUGACAUGAAAAUGUUCCUUUUACAACCAACAGGAGAGAAUCCUGUCCCGGGGCUGAUUGUGUUUGCUGUUUUUCUAAUCUACAUUUUCUUGGCUGUCUGGGUGAGAAUAAAAGACAGAACUGAUAUUGAAGAGCAGAUCAUAGAUUUGCCAGAUAACGACCCCUUUCACACCAGGAGAUACCUCGUGACCAUCUAUACUGGGAGCCGCCCAAGGGCAGGGACCAACGCCGAUGUGUUCAUCGACCUGGUUGGCCAGAACGGGUCAAGUGAUGUGCACCUCUUAAAGCAUCCGGCAUUUCCAAAGAUCCUUCAGAACAGCUGCGUCGAUACUUUCAUGCUAACUACCGAGAAAGAUUUGGGAGACCUUGUCUCUAUCCACAUCUGGCACAAUUAUUGUGGCUUCGGUCCGAACUGGUACUUGAGCCGAAUCAAAGUCCUGAACGUAGACACAAACAAGUCAUGGCUGUUUAUGUGUAGAAGGUGGUUGGCCCUUGGCAGGAAUAAGUACCAAAUAGAAUGGACUUUUGAGGUCACUGAUCCACAAGUGCCCAUCAGCAGAAUUGAUUAUCUAUUGAUAAUGUUUAGCUAUUGCUUGUUCCAUGAUCACCUCUGGUUCUCCAUCUUUGUUCGCAGCCUUGACCACUCUUGGACCAGAUUUCAGAGGCUCUCCUGCUGCUUGGCGAUAUUUUUAACCUCCCUGCUGAUCAACACGAUAAUCUUCAACACUAAGAAAGAAGAACAAGUCUACCUCCUAGAACUGCAGUAUUUGAGAUCCGUGAGAGCUGGCGUUCUCAGUGCCCUCAUCUCCAUUCCAGUGGGAUGGAUUGCAGUGAGCUCAUUUAAGUACUCCACGAAGGGGUCUUCUCAGUGUAACAUCGCUCAGGGUCAGGGAAAGGAAAGUUUCACUUGCUUGCCUGAAAGACUUCCUAAGGCAGGGACCCAAAUUUCAGAGAUAACGUCAGAGCAGUUUUCAGCCACAGAUAACAAUUUUAGUAAUAAUUACGCAACAGAAAAGAAAGCAACUUUGGGUAAAACUCAGAAAUUGCAAUGGCACAGAUGUUUGUCUUGCAGCGCGUGGUUCUUUGUCUUCCUCAUAUCUGGGGUAGCAUCAAUUUUCAUCACAUUCAUUGGCCUAUCUUUUGAUAACAAAACAUCCUCUGAAUGGUUAAUAGCUGCUCUGAUCUCGUUCUGUCUCCACGUGAGCUUCUUUGAGACCUUACAAAUUGUUAUUUCCUCAAGCUGGAAUAUCUGUUUGGAAAAAUACUGCGCAAACAUCCCAUGGCAAAGCUAUCGAGAUAUGAAGUACGAACCAAGAACGAUGGAAGCUGAUGAGAUGGUGAAGUUGCACGAUGACCUUGUUCAAGUCAGAGCUUCCAAGAAAUACCAACCGAUCAAAGAGGAAGACGUUACAGCCCUGCAAAAGAAGCAGAUGAUUCAAUAUCUAGCUUACAAAUACGUAAAGGACAUGAUCUGCCACUUUAUCUUCUUGACUUUAAUUUUUACAAUCUCGCAUCCAAUAGACGUUACUACAGCCUUCUUUUACAACAGAGCCAUGUCUAGAAAAUUUUCUCCUAAUUUACCUGAUCAGAAUGGAGUACAGGAUGUUUACAGGUGGGUAAACAACAAAUUUCUGCCACUGAUACACAAUCCCUAUCACCCAAGCUAUCUUCUGAACACCUGGUCCACAGUGCUGGGGUUGCCCAGAAUGAGGCAAAUAAGAAGGAAAUCUGAUGACAGAUGUUUACUUUCUCAUGAAUUGAAAAACAUAUUUUUGCUGCAUAAUGUUAAUUGCAAGAAUAAAUAUGGAUUUAGCCAAGAAGAUCAAACUAACUACAUGGGCUCCUGGUCAUCUCCUACCAAUGCCUCAGUUCCCAAGAACCAUGCUGAGUUUCUAGGCUUCAGUUAUGAGCCAAGUAAUACCCAAUGGGAGUACAACUCCUACGGACAAUUAAAUGAAUAUCCUUCCGGGGGAUAUACUUUUUAUUUUUUCCCCGAAGAACCGCAAGUGAAUUCAACAAAAAGGUUGGAAGCUUUGGAAACGAAAAGCUGGAUUGACAACAAGACGUGGGCAGUGAUUUUUGAAUUAACAGCUUUUAACGUUGAUGCCAAUAUGUUCUGCAGCGUUUCUGUCAUCUUUGAACUUUCUUUACUCGGCCCUGUAAAUGCCAGCGUCUCCGUGCAUUCUUACAAACUCCCGUUUUUCACACAUCAAAGCAUGAGCCAGAUCUUCUUCUUUUGUCUGACGAUAUACAUACUCAUUUUUUAUAUUGCUGACGAAUGUCGCAUGGUAUACCGAGAACGACUGAGCUAUUUUACCGUCGCUACCAACCUGAUCAACUUUGGGAUAAAGACCAUCUGCAUCGUCUUUCUGGUGGUGCUUGUGUGCAAAUUCAAGCUUUCUUCUGACUUGGUGAAGUUUUACUUACUUCAUUCCCAAGAGUUUAUUCCAUUCCAUACAGCUUCCGAAUUUGACAAGACAGUCAGAGGCGUUCUGGGGGUCUUGGUUUUUUUCCUGGUUCUGAAAACAUAUCGCUAUGUCAGAUUUCUGUAUGAUUUACGCUUAGCCCAAAAAUCCCUCAGAACAGCCCUCCCCGGGAUCAUCAAUAUAGCUGUAAUGGGUGGCAUAUUCUUCAAUGCAUAUACGGCCCUUGGAUACUUGGGGUUUGGCCAGCAUGAAUGGAACUUCCGUAGCAUGGUGUAUUCCUUCACAACUGUAUUGUCUUAUUGUGCCUUAGCAUUUAGGAACACUGAUUUUUUGUCUUCCAAACUUCUAGGGGGUUUUUUUUUAGGAUCCUUUCUUCUGGUGAUGAUCUGCAUUUUUGUCAAUUUAAGUCAAGUCAUCAUCAUGUCAGCUCACAUGGACAUGAAGGAAAUUGUUUACAACGAGGCUUCCAAUGAAGCAGAGGUAAUGUAUUUUAUACUCCAGAAGAUCUACAGAAUGUGGUAUUUUGCCAGCACCGGUACCUAUACAAAUGCAGAGACUGAUUUUUUUAACACUGUACUGUAUGGGAAAUUUAAGAAACGUAGGAAACAGCUCUUGAGAAAACGGUUGGGAAGGAAGGAAAUGCUCUAUGUUGUUAUUUGA